AUGAGAACCAUAGAAAAACUUGAAAAAGAUUUAAAUAAAGUGGACAAAGAGAUAAGCGAAGUUGAUGCUGAAAUAGUUAAAUGGAAAAACCGACAGCGAGUGCUACAUGAGAAGAAAACAUCGCUAAAAAACUGUAUAAAUAAACUGAAAUCUGAAAGUUUGGCUACUGUAGACUGGGCUGGAACCACUUACGAAUGGUCCGAUGAAGUGGAGAAAGUUCUUAAAAAUGUUUUUAAUAUUAAUCAAUUUAGACCGAAACAAUUGAGUGCAAUUAACUCUACACUAGCUGGUCAGCAUGCUAUAGUUGUUAUGCCGACAGGAGCGGGAAAAAGCCUGUGUUACCAACUACCAGCUCUUAUUAAACCCGGUCUGACUGUGGUGGUGUCGCCAUUAGUUUCGUUAAUGGAGGACCAAGUGCGUUCAUUGACAAAAAAGAAUAUACCAGCUAUGUUGUUAUCGAGCUCCAGCCCUAAACAAGAAACUCUUCAGGCUCUAAACACCCUAAAAGAUGGUAAAUCAACAUUAAAAUUGAUCUAUGCUACUCCAGAAAGGUUUGCAAAAAGUAAAAGAUUUAUGUCUAACCUACAAAAGUGCUAUGCAGACGGUAGGUUGCAGAGGAUAGCUAUAGAUGAGGUCCAUUGCUGUUCUCAAUGGGGUCACGAUUUUCGACCUGACUAUAAAUACCUGGGUAUUCUCUCUAACAUGUUUCCUAAUGUUCCUAUACUUGGAUUGACAGCGACAGCCACAAAUCAUGUGUUGACAGAUGUACAGAAAAUACUAAAUAUACCUGGGUGUUUACUUAUUAAAUCAACAUUCAAUAGACCAAAUUUAUUUUACAAAAUACUAGAAAAACCAACAUCACAAGAUGAAUGUAUUAAUAUACUAGAAAAGUUAUUAAAAGGGAGAUAUAGAAAGGAGAGUGGAAUCAUAUAUACGAACAGCAUCAAAGAUUCAGAAGAUAUCACUGAAGGGUUAAGAAAGAGAGGGUUAAAAGUUGGAUGUUAUCAUGCCAACUUAGAAGCAGCUACACGAACAAAAGUUCAUCUAAAAUGGCAUGAUAAAGAAUACCAAGCCAUUGUAGCCACUGUAGCUUUUGGCAUGGGUAUUGACAAACCUGACGUAAGAUUUGUCAUCCAUCACACAAUAAGUAAAUCGAUGGAGAACUAUUAUCAAGAAAGCGGUAGAGCUGGUCGGGAUGGCCAAUAUGCAGAAUGUGUUACUUUAUACAGAAUGCAGGAUAUCUUCAAAGUUAGUACAAUGGUAUUCUCAAACGUUGGGAGCCUAAUUCAUCUUUACGGUAUGGUAAAAUAUUGUCUUAACGGUUCAUUAUGUAGGAGGCUAUUGAUAGCUGAACAUUUUGAUGAAACUUGGGGAAAUGCUGAUUGUAAUAAAAUGUGUGAUGUUUGUAGUAACCCCAAUGCUAUAAAUAGAGAGAUAAAUAUCAAAACACAUUGUCAAACUAUAGCUAGCAUAAUUGAAGGGGCAGAGAAGCAAGAUAUAAAGCUAACAGCACAAAAACUGCUUGAUGCUUGGUUUCUAAAAGGGCCAGUCAAUCUGAGGCAUAAAGGAAAAGCUCCAGACAUUUCAAGAGCUACUGGUGAAGAUGUAGUGGCAUAUUUGUUAGUUGGAAACUAUCUUGUAGAAGAUUUUCAUUUUACUGCAUAUUCUACAAUAAGUUAUAUCAAAACUGGACCAAAUAUGUUUGCAAUGCAAGAUGAUACUUUCACACUAAAUAUGCCCAUUAGAAAAUAUUCUAGCUUUAAUAUGGAUUCUCAACCAGUUCAUGAUUAUCAACCAGUAGAAAAUGUACAAUCUGACGAGACAAAUGCCAUAGGAAAACGAAAAUCUAGUGGAAGUAGUCAAUCAAAAUCUAAAGUGCGAAAAAUAAUUAUUGAUGAUAGUGAUUAA